GGGGCGCUGUGGGCGGGGCGAUGGUGCAGCUGGCCGUGCGCCGGGCGGCCGGAGGGGAGGCGGAGUGGCUGCUGCUGGAGCUGCAGGGGCAGCUGGAGGCGCGCGGCGGAGGCGGCCUGGCCGGGCGGCUGCUGGGCGACCUGCACUUCACCCAGGAGGGAGCGCCGGUGCUGGUCGUGGGCCACCACGUGCUCUACGGGAAGGCGGUGCGGCUGGAGAAGGCCGUGGCCGUCCUGCGCAGGGGAGCCGCCGCCGCCGCCGCCGCCGAGGAUCCCCGCGGCCCCGCCGCCUACGAGGUCGCCGCGCUGGUCCGCACCAAGCUGCUCUUCAAGACGCGCCCCAAGCCCAUCGUCCCCAGCGCGCCCAAGAAGGCCUGAGGGCCGCGCCGCGCUGCUCUUCGGCCUCCCUGCCUGCCUGCCUCCCUCCGGAGCUUCCUCGCUCUUGUUGGGGCCCCCGUUUCCUUAGCGGGAAAGAACGGAACGGGCUUCUCCGUUUACAAAGCUUUAUUAUAGUUACAAAUAACAAAUGUAAUAAAAAAUGCAAACCUGUUUUUUAAAAAAAUGAAAAUGUAAGUAAAAAUAAAUAAGUUUA